GAGACAAAACGAGACUGGGGAUGCUGCAAAAACAGGUCACACUUUAAAUUACAGUGUUCAUGUUAAUGUGCAAUUAUUUAUUAUAAUCCAUUCAAUUUGUAUGCAAUAUGGACAUUGUAAUGUAAAGUGUUUUUUUUUAAUUAGACGAUUUUAUCUGACAGUUUUGCUUGAGUGCGUGCAACAAUUGCUUAAGAAAUUCAUUUCUGACUGAGUGGUUUGCAAAAUUUUAAUGCUCGUUUUUCAUAUGAGAUGGUGCAUAUGAAAGAUUUUUGCAAACUGUCUACAGCCUACUAAUUGCACAUAAAUGUGCAUCAUUGCAUUUCGUGCGCGUUUCAAAUGUCCGUUUCGCAUCAUCCUCUCCCCUCGACGCUCUUUCUUCGUCAAUGCUGUCCUUGCUUGAGCUUCGAUAGUUUCUGCAAGAGACACAAAUCCUGCUGGAGUUACAGACCUGAAGAAAUCCCUGUAGAAGCUCACACAGAAAUGGGGCGAAAGGAGGGCGACUAUGAUUGGAAAAAGAGCACGGAUAACAUCCAGGAUGUGUUUGAAUUCAUGGAGGUGCUCGGAUCGGGAGCGUUCUCAGAAGUCUUCAUGGUGAAAGAGAGAAAAACAGGCAAGCUUUUUGCCAUGAAGUGUGUGAAGAAGAAAAACAAAAGGGACCUCAACCUGGAGAAUGAAAUCGCUGUGUUGCGGAUGAUCAAACACGAAAACGUGGUUUGCUUGGAGGAUUUCUAUGAGAGUCAGACGCAUUACUACCUGCUCAUGCAGCUAGUUUCGGGUGGCGAGCUGUUUGACCGGAUCCUGGACCGGGGCAUGUUCUCAGAGUUGGAUGCCAGUCGGGUUAUCAAACAGGUCCUGGAGGCAGUCGGCUACCUGCACAAAAACGGCAUAGUACACCGUGAUCUCAAGCCAGAGAAUCUGCUCUACUACAGCUCUGAUGAAAACUCCAAGAUCAUGAUCAGUGAUUUCGGCCUCUCGAAGAUGGAAGAGCAUGGCGUCAUGUCCACGGCCUGUGGGACUCCGGGAUAUGUCGCCCCUGAAGUGUUGGCUCAGAAACCCUACAGCAAAGCCGUCGACUGCUGGUCUAUUGGAGUCAUCACCUAUAUCCUUCUCUGUGGAUAUCCUCCAUUCUAUGAAGAAACCGAGACUCGUCUGUUUUCUAAAAUCAUGAAGGCGCAGUACGAGUUCGACUCUCCCUUCUGGGAUGAUAUCUCUGAGUCUGCAAAGGACUUCAUCCGCAACAUGAUGCAGAAGAAUCCUAAGGUGCGUUACGACACAGAACAGGCUCUCCGACACCCCUGGAUUAUAGGAAAGACGGCCCGGAGUCAGGACAUCUACCACUCCGUCAGUGAGCAGAUCCAGAAAAACUUUGCCAAGUCCAAGUGGAAGCAAGCCUUCAACGCUACAGUGGCCAUUCGCCAGAUGAAGAAGCUGCAGCUGGCCCACUCUGAGGCCUGUCUGCAAAACAUCCCUCCUCCAACUGUGCCUGAGAUCAAGGUCAUCGCAACAUCCACACCUGAAUCCGUCCGAAAGAAGCAGAUCGCCGAGACCCCACAACCAAACGGCCACGUGCCCAGUCAUCAGAUGAACGCGUCGUCCGGCUCCACCGAGGCAACGAGUCAGUACCACCCGAUGCGAGUCAGUCACAGCGAGACCACUCAUGUCGGGACCCUAACCAUUGCAGAGAAGGGCAAACAUGUGUAUCACUCGGAGCCAGCUGAUCUAAAUGGGUACGCAAAAAGAAGCUCCAACCGAAGAGGGCCGAACCUCCAGACUGGCGUUUGCUCUGUCAUGUGAUUUGGCUGCAUUGGAAUUAUGUGAUUUUUGACAGGUCUGUGACCUUUCACCCAGCACUGGCUGCUUUCUGUGGGCAGGUCCUCGGCUCUGGUCAAGAGUGUCUGCAAGACAGAUGGCCACCGGCCCGCACCGCUCUGAAAUACUGAAGUUUAGAGGAGUAGUGCCUCUGUAUCUUCACACACACACGCUCACAGAGCACAAAAACAGCCUGUCACACACUCAUGAUGACACAGUAUCCCUGUAAAAGCAGAUAGAGUUACACUUUAAGUGCUGAAACUCCAAUUUUGUAUUUUCCCUUGAGGAAGUUAAUAUGUCUGUAUUAAAACGUUUAGAGCAAGAGUCCGUGUUACUGGACGCUUGUGUGAGGAGUAUUAAAUAUGUCCUUUUGUAAUGCAUGGCUAGUUUGUAAUGUGCAAAAACAUUUAGCUUCACUGUAAGCUGUAGCGAUCCAUAUUAGAUUGUACGUCUCUGGAAUAAGAAACUACCCAACUGAAGUUCCAGCCUUUCUAAUGAUUUGUUAAUUAGUUUUUUUUUUGUGGUAAUUUAACUAGAAUGGUUUAUUUUUCUAAUGAAGAGAUUAUUAUUGUAUGUUUAUCCAUUAUAUAUUUUUGUCAUAAUGAAGCAGAUUAAAAUGAUUUAACGCCUUUUCCCACCACCAUUAUAAAACUAUAGCCCUUGUUUUGUGCACUAUAUUGCAGUAAUAUGUGACACACAAGAACUUCACUGUUAGAAAUACUGUAUUGUGACUAAUUAUCUUGAAAGGGAUUAUAAUAUAGUUUCCUCUGAACUACAGAAAGGGUUAAUGCUCGUGUAGGCUGCUAUACUGUCAAUGCAUUUUACGAAUAAACCAUCAGUCACUUACAUUUUUCUUACAGGUCUAAUAUUUGUACUUUUUGCAACCUUAGAUCGAAUUAAAGAGGCCAUAUGAGCUUUCACAAAGUC